AUGUCGUCCGACCUACUAGAGGCGUUUGGAAAUCCUUCCGAACAGCGUCCAGCUGCCCCGCCACAGCAGAAGAAGCCUGCGUCGAACAACAAGAACGCCUUUUCUUUCGAGGCAUUCCAAGCAUCUGAGGCUGCAAAGCCUCGCGGUCCACAUGGUCCGACUUUUGAGCCUGGGAAAAAGAUCCUAGAAGCUCUUUCAGCGUAUGAAGCUGAAGCACCCUUUGAGGAAGACGUCGAGGAAUACGACGAAGAAGAAGACUUUGGGGACUUUGAGGAUGCACCUCAGCAGCCAAAAGACUCUAACUCACCCAGUGAGGUUAGAUCGCUUGCUUCGCUGAAUCAGUAUAUGCCUGAUUUGCUAGACAUUGCACCUGCCGCAUCGACUAUCCAGCAAAACCAAACCACUGUUCCACAGCGGGACUACGACUCAGGCCAAGCAUCGUCAUUGCACUGGAGCAAUAUCUCGUCAUCGUCGCCUACGAGACUAAGUGGUAUUGACAGAUCAGCUCCUGUUUUGCAGGCUAAGGUCGACAAGAUAGCACCUGAUCCUGAUGUCCUCUUUGACGCAGUUCAAGAGAAUGAUGAGGAUGAUGAUGACUUUGGAGAUUUCGAAGACGGAGUGACUUCACCGUUGGAGCAGUCAGUCACUCCAACAGCAACUGGCAGUGAUCUCUUGGGCCUCAACAGCGGCAUGAACGUGCUGAGCUUUGGCCUGCAUUCGAAGAACACUGGCCCACCACCUACUGUUACUGCGACAGAUACUCUGAUUCCUGUCACGGGAAAGCAGAGCAGUAAAGGUGACCACCAGAAGGGAAGCGCGUCGGUAUCUCAUCCACUAGCGAAACGGCUGAUUUCAACUCCCAAGAGAAGUGUUCAAGAUGACCCAUCUAUGGCAUCGAGGCCGCCACAGGCCAAGGUUCUACACAAGGACGAAGAAUGGGAUGAUUUUGCAGACUGGGAGCCGACUACUGCUCCUCCCAAACCAGCAAAUACUGAGCAAGAUACAUGUGUGUCCCGCAUAACAUCCUCGAUCAAGCCACCUCUAGGUUAUGAGCCCUCGAUAGAAAGCUUGCCACCAACAAAUGUACCUCCACCUGCCGUUCUCCUGUCUGUAUUCCCACCACUCUUCGCCACUGCCCAAGAUAAACUUUUCAAACCCUUGGCUGCUCAAUCACACAAUCUCAAGAAACGCAUAUUAUCAGACCCGGCUGUAGGCGAGUUUCUCCGGGGCUACUUGCUACUUGCGAUCGUUGCCGCGCGUGUCAUUGCUGGCAGGAAGUCUCGCUGGAAAAGAGACACUCACCUAUCCCAAGGCAUGCGAAUCGGACCUGCGUCUUCACGUGGCACUUCCGGAAUGAAACUCACCGGGGUUGACAAGAGUGAAACAGCUAGAGAAGACCGAGAGACGCUCGAUGUUGUCCGAGCAUGGCGCGAGCAGCUUGGCAGACUGCGAUCCGUUGUUGCAGGUGUCAACUCAGUCAACCCCUCUGUGUACCUGAGUAGCGUCCCCGAGAUCCAGGAAGCCAUGCCAGUCAGAAUUAUCAAAGAUGGUGAGGGCGGCAUAACGGCGCCACAUCAGUGCGCACUCUGUGGGCUCAAGCGGAACGAGAGGGUUUCAAAAGUCGACGUUGAUGUGGACGACAGCUUUGGCGAAUGGUGGAUUGAAAAGACCAGCAUGCAUCGAGCAUGCCGCAACUUUUGGGAGGAACAUCACGGAUCGCUUCGACAACGCUGA